AUGGAAUUCCUUCUAGGCUAUCGCCGCCGGACAUCGGCCGACACUCGCAUCCUGCGCAUCGGCGACUAUGGACCCAUCCCUCCAGCUUCCGGUGCGCCAUGCCACCCUCCCCAGGCGCCGCGCACGCUGAUGGCUUGCCUCUACCAGCCGGGACCCUGGAAUCCGCGCCAGUGGAGCCUUGAGAAUAGAGUACCGCAGAUCACUCGACGUGAAUGGAUCCAUCCACGGCUAUCGCUGCUCGAGGACCGGCGACUGUGCUGGGACCAGCUCUGGGGCAAUGCCAUCACAGGCCAAGUUCAGUUUCACGGCACGAACAGAGCCGCCUCGCCGUGCCAUGCGGGCAGCCCCCCCAUUCAGCGACUUGCAAUUCCCUAUAACCCCUGGGCAAGUCCCGACACCACGCAUAUUGUGACUUGGAACCAUCCAUUCUUUUUCCACGCCCACUCAACAGCUCUCACCGGCUCUCACCAGCAUACCCAAACACAAAAUAUCAUCUUCUAUUCAGUGGUGUUUCUCAUUAUUACGUGCGCCAUCAUCAGCUUGUGCGAGUUCUGGAUUGAGCGCCAUUUGUUUAAAUCUCAGCACUCCUAG